GCGCAAAAACUCAAUUGCCGCUCCAUCACAACCACACCGAUCCCCCGUGCUGAUCCCCUUGGGUCGAACCCGUACAUACGCUCCCACGCAAAAACCACCACCACAAUCGAUGUUGACGCGAAUAGUGUGUUCACUCACAACAAGUUAGUAGCCUCCGUUCAUAUUCCUCAAAACGAGAAAGCUGAGUCCCCACUAAAACAAAAACAUACGUAUUAAAGUGAAAAUAUCAUGUUCCGUCGUCUUGCCUUCCAGAACCCCGCCGUUAGCCGUGCCCUGCGCACGAAUGCCCGCUCCUACUUCUACCCGUGCCCAGGCGAGACCGGCAUCAGCGGUGCCACGAUGCAGAGCACCCUGAAGAUUACGCUUUUUCUGAUCGUCGCGCAGGUCAUCUUUAUCCGCCUGUACAUCUUCCGCCGCCUGACGACCAUGAACCAGUUCGUGGAGGACUCCACCGACCUGUGGGAGAACGACGGCACGGAGAUGGAGGGCGAGGAGGCGGUGGCCAACCUGCGCAUCCAGCAUGAGCGUAUUAUGCCCUUCAUGAACGACAUCAAGGACAAGCUGGAGUCGGCGUAG